UUUAAGUUGACGUUGGUGGUGAGUUUAUGCGGUUUGGGACACACGAUGGUGUUGAACUGAAUCUAGGCCAAAUAUUUAUGGUUGUGUUAAGAUUACGUUACAUCAACUGUUCGCUUUGCUUAGUGAUUAUUAGACAUUUUUAUUAAGAUGUUAACGAUACAGAGAGUUGUUUUAUCCUCUCGGCCAGGGAAAAACGGACAUCCAUCACCUGAUAACUUCCGUGUGGAAGAGACGAGUUUGUCCACUGAGCUGAAACAGGGACAGGUUCUUAUCAGGACCUUGUAUCUGUCUGUUGACCCCUACAUGCGUUGUCGCAUGAACGAUGAUACUGGUGCUGACUAUCUGCAACCAUGGAGGCUGGAGGAGUGUAUUGAUGGCGGUGGGGUUGGUGUGGUGGAGGCCAGCAAGAAUGCAGAACUGACCGUCGGUGACAUUGUCACCUCCUUUAACUGGCGCUGGCAAACCCAUGAUGUGGUUCAUAGUACCUGUGUACAGAAGAUUGACCCGACAAUGGUUGAUGGCCACUUGUCAUAUGUUCUGGGUGCAGUAGGUAUGCCUGGACUCACUGCUCUGCUCGGUGUUCGAGAGAAAGGCCAUGUGACCCCCGGUGCUGGACAGACCAUGGUAGUCAGUGGAGCAUGUGGAGCUUGUGGAUCACUCGCUGGACAGAUUGGCAGAUUGGACGGCUGUGAAAGAGUGGUUGGGAUCUGUGGAUCUGAUAAGAAAUGUCACACCCUGGUAUCACAGCUCGGAUUCACAGCAGCUGUGAAUUAUAAAAAAGGGGACAUCUCAGCAGCAUUGAGGGACAGUUGUCCCAAUGGAGUGGACAUUUACUUUGACAAUGUUGGAGGUCCUAUUACCGACACAGUCAUAUCACAGAUGAACAGUGGUGCUCAUGUGAUACUCUGCGGGGAGAUCUCUCAAUACAAUAAAGACUUGCCUUACCCGACUCCACUGAGCAAGGAGACUCAAGAAGCUCUGAGUUGCAAAAAUAUCACCAGGGAGAGAUUUAUGGUUCUGAACUACAUGGAUAAACAUAAAGAAGGAAUGGAACUACUGAGUCAGUGGGUGAAGACUGGCCAAAUUAAAGUUUUGGAAACUGUAACAAAUGGAAUAGAAAACAUGGGAGUGGCUUUUUGCUCCAUGAUGACUGGAGGCAACAUUGGGAAGCAAGUUGUGAAAAUAUCAGCCUGAGUCACACUCUUGGUGCCACACUCCUGGCUUCUUCCCUCCCCCUUUCGUGUCUACAAGUGUAUAUAACUAGUGCCUUAAAAAAGGUUCAGGCAACCGUGAUGCCAUAAAUAAAGAAAAAUUUCUAAGGACAAA